AUGUUCGUGUUAAAAGAGGCGCAGAGCUAUCAACAGAUCACCACCAUGUUGUUGGCACGUUGCGCUGCAAGAAAUGGAGUACCAUACGAAGUCGGUGGCAGAAACAACCGGAGAAUCAAAUGGGAAACAUUGUCUUCAGUGGACACGAGAGCGAAAUUUGCGAAAAACAUCGCACGACGGUUUGAACAGAUCCCAAUGAUGACAACUGAUAUUGAAACGAAGUGGCAGCUCUUUAAGAGCGGCAUACUCGAGGCUGCCGCCUAA